CGAUAGACCGUGACAUUAUCCAUUAUCGGUGAUGUUUUCAUGGAUAUUCAGACAUUUCUGUGUAUCAUUGAUUGAUUUCUAGUAAAGUGGAGUGUGCUCAGUACCGUUUAGAAGCCUGGGAGUGGGACGGACAAUCUGCUGUCACUGUCACUUGAAUUUUCACCGCAGAUCGUUGUGGAUGUGGAUGUUUUACAGUUUAGGUGUAGAGCAGUGACAGAGUGUGAUGUCAUGAUAGAUACUUCAUGCCUCGCUCUCCAAGGAUGUCUGUCUCCAUUGCACCAGUAGUGAUUUGUCCUAUGACAUAGUGUGUUUUUAUCUGGGACAAAGCUGUUGACCAGUAUGUACUUAUAAUUCUUGGACGUAAGCACUAUCAACAAGGAACUACAUGUACAUAUUUCACCAGAUGUCAAAACAAAUUUAUCUUGGAAUUCUUCUCCCAACUUUGCAAGCCAGUCUUAUUUCAAGCUUGGAAGACACCGCAGAACUGGAAGGUAGUACCCAACUCUGGUCUUUUCGUUUGUAAAAUGAGGCUAUGUGAACUCUCCGUCUCCUGAAAGGAAGUGUAGACAAAGAAAGAAGUGAACCAGGAAAGUGUGAAAUAUGGCAUACUCUGAGUCUGAUACUGUGAUGACAAACUUCAAACUGAUCUAAUUAGUCAUUUAGUGUAAUUUGUACAUCAAACUCUCGAACCAAGAAGAAAACCUUCAGGGAUCAAACAUGCCUGGAAUUCAACCAGGACCGCAGCUUAUGCCUUGUGUGUCGUGGUACUGCGGGCGACCGUUGACAGUUUUCAUGCAAUCCACAUUGAUCAGUCCGUUCUCCCAGCAUCCUUCAGCUGAUCAUGUGAAUCAGGCCCUUGGUGGUUUUCGAACCGUUGGCGACAUCACCAAAACACCUGGCAUUGGUCCUGGAGUCUUAGAACAAAAUUGCAGGAGGCUUUUCUGUUCGUUACCAUCGGCGAAGCGGACUCCUAGGAAGUCCACAAGGAAAUCCAGGCGGGGUCUCAGAAUGGAUAAUGCAAACGAUGCAACAAGUCAAACUGAAGAUGGCGAGAUGGAGACGGCUGAUCCGCAGCCCUCGACAUCGAGUGGUCAUAACGAUUCCUCAGAUUCCACGCCCCGAAUAAAAUUGAUCAAGUUAGAUAACACGGAGGAUUUUGACAAAAUAGAGAACUCCUGUGUGCAUUGUCAACAACUUCGGAACACCACACGGUCAGGUCGAAUGCGCCGAUCCUGUGCCUUGAAUAUAAAGUUAGAGUUACAGACACCAAGUUCUAGUUCUGAUGGUGAUGUUGUCUUUGAUGAGGACACUUGUGACUGUCAAUGUCGAUGCCACUCAAAUAACAAAAAAGGGACGGAUUUUGACCGAAAGUUACAAUUCGAUACGCCAAGGACUUGUGAAAGUUCGGAGAUUAUUACGCCGUCUAGUGAUUCUUCUUCCGCAAAUAUUCAUGAGCCGCCCACUGCCUUUGAGAGUAUGAAAAUGGACGAAUCUUCAGACGAUGUUGAUGAAAAUGGUAGCGAUGCGAGUGGGCCGAAUUCGGAUGCUGAUGAGCAGAUGGAAGAUGAUGAUACGGAGGGAGAAUCUGAGUAUUAUGACGAUGAAUUGGGGGAUCUUGUCUCAAGGAGUCAAUCAAAAUCUGUGAUGAAAAGAAAGUGUGAUGGUCUGUCUGACUUGCGUGGGGUCUCCCCUGGAAAGAAGCCAUGCAGGCUCCUGGAAAUUUCCAAAAGUCUUUCUGUGCCAAGUUCUCAAACAUUCAGUACAAUUCGAGAUGGGUGCCGACUCGCCCGCCAGAGGAUCCCAUCCUGUAACGAACCGCCACCCCAGCUUGCUGAUUGGUUGAAGACAUUCCAGGAAUGGGGUCACGCCGAGCGGCUGGUCGCGUUAGACCAGUUGAUUGAGUGUUGUGAACCAACACAAGUCCGUCACGUUAUGGCCGUCAUUGAACCUCAGUUUCAGAGGGAUUUUAUAUCACUAUUGCCAAAAGAGCUGGCACUCUAUGUGCUUUCCUUCCUGGAACCAAAAGAUCUUCUCCGUGCUGCACAGACAUGUCGUUACUGGCGCAUACUUGCAGAAGACAACUUGCUAUGGCGGGAAAAAUGCCGCGAGGAGGGUGUCGACGAAGCUCUUGUAUUUGGGAACAAAGCCAGACGCAGGCCAUCAGGUUCUACGCCGAGUCCGUGGAAAUAUUUAUUCAUGCGGCAGUAUCAAAUUGAACAAAAUUGGCGGACUGGUGAAAAGCGGCCAACCAAGGUGCUUAAAGGUCAUGAUGACCAUGUGAUUACUUGUUUGGAAUUUUGCGGUCCUCGUGUGGUCAGUGGGUCUGAUGACAACACACUGAAAGUCUGGUCCGUCGUCACUGGCAAGUGCCUGCGGACAUUAGUUGGUCAUACUGGUGGUGUUUGGUCAUCCCAGAUGGCAGACAAUAUGGUCAUAAGUGGUUCGACAGAUCGUACGCUGAAAGUAUGGAAUGCAGAUACAGGCCAAUGUCUCCAUACGCUCUAUGGUCACACGUCCACAGUCAGAUGUAUGCAUUUAAGUGGAGGAGUGGUUGUGAGUGGUUCUCGGGAUGCCACGCUCCGUAUGUGGGACAUAAAAACCGGCCAGUGUCAACAUGUGCUGAUGGGCCAUGUGGCGGCUGUACGCUGUGUCCAGUAUGAUGGUAAACGGGUUGUCAGCGGUGCUUAUGACUACAUGGUGAAGGUGUGGGAUCCUGACACGGAGACCUGUAUACACACGCUCCAGGGACAUACAAACAGGGUAUACUCGUUACAGUUUGAUGGUGUACACAUAGUGAGUGGGUCCCUUGAUACAUCGAUUCGAGUGUGGGAUGUGGAGCAAGGCAACUGUUUGCACACCCUUGUGGGACACCAGUCACUUACUAGCGGCAUGGAACUUAAGGACAAUAUACUUGUGUCGGGAAAUGCUGAUUCCACGGUGAAAGUGUGGGACAUUACUACUGGCCAGUGUUUGCAGACUUUACAAGGUGCAAAUAAACAUCAGAGUGCUGUGACCUGUCUCCAGUUCAAUAAGAAGUUUGUGAUCACCUCAUCUGACGAUGGCACUGUCAAAAUCUGGGACCUAAAAACUGGCGAUUUCCUGCGCAAUCUGGUGACUCUGGAAAGUGGUGGCAGUGGAGGUGUGGUGUGGCGGGUCAGAUGUUGCAACACGAAGCUAGUCUGUGCAGUUGGGAGUCGGAAUGGUACCGAGGAAACCAAACUCUUGGUGUUAGAUUUCGAUAUGGAAGAGGCCAAGAAGAACUGAACAACGGCAAUGAUGAUCUGUGUUCUGAGCGUCUGGGAUCUAACCAUCCUGGAGGGUGCCAUGUUUCCCUUUACGUAAAAGAACUUGAUUACUCUAGGUUCCAUCAUCUAUAGUUGAGUACAAA